CCGAGGCAAAAAUGUCGAUGUCCUCAGGAAUCGUUCAGGAGCUCCUGAACGUCACUUUCUGGCUUUGGUUUUUUCUCCUAGCUAUCAUCUUCGCUGUGCAUCUCGAUGCUUAUUUUAUAGACUCGCACCGGAUUCGAAGAAAUGGCAUCUCAGGUCCAUUUCUUGCGAGGUUCUCGGGUGCUUGGCUGGGAUGGGUCGUAUUCCAAGGACGUCAAUCUGAGGUAGUCCAUAGCUUGCACAAAAAGUUCGGCACAUUCGUGCGUCUGUCACCCAAUCAUGUUUCUAUUAGCGACCCGGAUGCUCUUCGCUUAGUUUACGGCCGUGGUAAUGGAGCCUUGAAAUCCGAUUAUUACGAUGCUUUUCUUGCUGUUCGUCCCAGCAUCUUUACUACGCGCUCAAAGGAAGAACAUGCGAGAAAACGCACUGCUAUAGCCCACGCUUUCUCUCAAAAGAGCGUCCUUGAGUUUGAGCCGUAUAUCCGCCUGCAUGUUGCGGAGCUUUUUAAUCAAUGGGACAGAAUGUGCAACAGGGGAAAGAACGGACUUUCUGGUACUGAGGGUGAGGGAGGCUGGAUAGGUCAAGGUGGGCGUGUCUGGUUCGACAUCAUGCCGUGGUUUCAUUAUUUGGCCUUUGAUGUCAUGAGCGACCUUGCUUUUGGUGCUUCGUUUGGGAUGGUUCGGAACGCGAAGGACGCUGCUCCAAUCGCAGUUGACCAGAGAGCCGCAAUGGCCCAAUACCAGGGAACGAGAGUGGAUAGCCUAGACCUAGAGAAGCCAAGUAUCGAUGUGAAGGAGGUGCCGGCAGUGACUAUGUUAAAUGCCCAUAUAAAGGUCUCCGCUCGCAUGGCUGCUGUCCCGCCACGAUGGCGCCCAAUUCUACAGCGACUACCAUGCUUUGCGAGAGAUAUGCGAGCUUCAGAAGACCUAGUCGCGCUUGCUGUUGCAGCGGUGGCAAGGCGUCUAGUAUUUCCUGCGGAACGAAUAGAUGUUCUAAGUAAGUUGCAGGAAACCGAAGACGAGCACGGACGAGUGUCAAAUAUGGAGGACCUUACAACGGACGCUUUCACGCAACUCGUCGCCGGCUCUGAUACCGUUUCAAGCACGGCAUGUGGGAUAGCGCACUGCGUCGCUGCAAAUUCGCGUGUACGGGCAAAGCUUCAGCAGGAACUUGACGUUGUAUUUGGAGGAUCGUACGACCCAGUAGCGACAUAUGCACAGAUUAAACGCCUACCAUAUCUCGAAGCGGUGAUUAUCGAAGGCCUCCGGGUGCACUCGACGUCUGGCCUCGGACUACCUCGCACCGUCCCGAACGGCGGGCUCAUCGUUUGCGGGAAGUGGUUCUCGGAGGGCACUGUCCUGAGCGUACCGACUUACACUAUCCACCGCGACCCAAUCGUAUGGGGAGAGGACGCGGACGCUUUCCGCCCUGAUCGAUGGUUUGAGCGCGACCAAACUAUUCUGCAGAAAGCGUUCAGUCCAUUUUCAUUCGGACCGAGGGCUUGCAUUGGCCGCGAGUUAGCGAUCAUGGAACUAUGUAUCUUUGUAUCUUCCAUCUUCCACCGUUAUGACUUGGAGCUCGAGGCACCAGACAAGCCCCUUACGAUACGUGAAGAUUUCAUACGAAAACCGGUAGCUUGUCGUGUCGGCAUGAAGCGGCGGAACAUUUGA